CUCCGUGUUCCCUCUUCUUCCUAGCGCAGCAGGAGCCCCGUGCUGUCCCCCAGAAGGCUCUUUAUCAAUUGCAGCAGGGGGGAGCGGGGCUGCUUGAAAUCGAAGCUGACGCUCUCUCUCAUCAACGUAAUCUGCAGGAAGCAAUGAACUCGACGACGGCGGCGGGCCAUGCUUUCAGUCGUUUGCCAAUGUGUCCACUAUCGUCGUCUUCGUCUUCCCAUUCCGCUUUUCUGCCCCUCGCCGACGCCGCCACUUGCACUGCGGAUGGUGGUGGGCCCAUGGACGCCAUUGGAGGCUGGGCCGUCGUUUAUCGCCUCCUCUCGGAGGUGUUCAUCUUUGUACUGAUACUGCAGCUAUUCGGACUCGCGGUAUCCACACACACACACACACAGGGUGAGACAUGCUCUGACUUUCCCCCUAAGGCUUCCCAUUUUUGCAGCUUGUCCUUUAUCGCAAUGCUCGCCAUUUCUGUGACAAGGGGCGGAAGACAUCGCAACAACAGCAGCAGACGCAAGAGGAGGAGCAGACUGUGCCGCCGCCUGCCCAACCCCAGCGACAACAGCAACAGCAACAGCAAGACCAGACCCCCGCUGCCAACGCCACCCCAGCUGCCCACCAUUCUUGCCCUGCCGCACCAGCCAAACCAGUGUCGUCCCACCCCGCCCCUCCUUCGCCGUGCCCGAGGGUGCCCGACCCCCAGACACGAUCCACCACGGUCACUUCAGAGGGCAAGCAAGACGGCGACGCCUCUCCCAAGUCAGCCGGUGGGUCACCGCUGCUGAGGAGCCCACAGGGCAGUAGUGAGUGCCUACACGCCGCACCUCAGCCUCAGGUGAUUCGGCCGGCAUUCCCCGUCAAAGCGCCUGUCCCUGUGGCUUCGGCUAUGGUUGCACCGAGCCAACCGCAGCCACCACAGCCGAUGAGAGGGCGAGAUGGUGGAGAGGAUUUGUUUCUGAAGGCGGCCAGGAGAUUGGCCGAUGAGGAGAGAUAUCAUGAACUCUGGGAGCUGUGGAAGGGCCUCCCGACGCUCAGCCAGAUCCCCAGCAAGAAGAACGCUCUCGAUUGGUUCGUGCUGCUGGCCGAGGCGACUUGUGCUGGUGGUGGGGUCACCCCUGAUGGCCGCAUGAGCGGCCGCAUGACGCCGUCGCGCCCACCGGAGGCCAUCGACAUGGGCGAGCUGGAGACAGCUUUUGUGCCUGCGGAUCGUCCGAGGGCUGACCUGAUUCGGCUGCUCAAGGCAGCUGAGACGCUGCUGGCCCAUGAGAACAACGUGGACGCGCGUCAGCAACUCUUCGCCUCCAUGGUGGCGAGCCUCGCGCGGCUGGGCCAGCACAGCCGUGUGGCCGACCUGUUGCUGAUGGCCACCCACCAGUCGAUCCUCAUCCCCUCAUCCCUCAGCCCCCGCACCCUCCUGGCCCUCAUGACCGCCCUCGGCGAGACAACCCGCAUCGACGCGGCCGGGACGGUGUUUGCCAUCGCCAGCAGGAGGCCGGACAACACCCUCACAGAGGCCUUCGUGCUGUCGUAUGUCAAGUGCUGCCUUGCCAGUGGGGCGGCUCAGCGUGCUGAGGAGGCGGUGAGGGUGGCGGGUCAGCGGGGGUGCGCCACCAGCCGGGUGUUCCAGACCUUGCUGCGGCACUAUGGCAAGAAGGAGAACUGGGGUACUGUGCUGAAGCUAAUACGGCAGACGCCACCGUCUGCUUGUUUUGGUGUGGGCGUCAAGAGAAAUUUGCUGCUCAAGAUCGCAAGCGAGAGGGGCGACGUGGAAGAGGCGGAAAAGGUUCUCAGGGACACGGAGAGCCGAAGUGAGUCACUGGGAGUGACACCACAGAGAUAGAGACACGAUGGCGUUUGAUGUGCCUGUAUGUAUUUGUUGCACACAGAGGCCGAGUACGAUGAGUACACGUACUUCCAUCUGCUGAAGCUCUAUGCAUCGACGCACCACCAUGCCAGGAUGGAGGCGCUGCAGCGAGAGAUGGCCGCCAAACACAUCCGGCCAUCCACUGCCUGCUUUGUGGUCCUAAUCGACUAUUACUUCCGGUGGGGCGACGUCGCGUCGGUCUUGCGGAUAUUUCGGGAGGCCAAGUCGGCGGGCCGCACCAAUCUGACCCUGUACGCGCAGAUGGUUCGUCACUUCACGUAUCUGGGUCAGCUGGACCAGGCCAUGAGCCUGUUCUCCGAGAUGAACAGCCACGGAUACGCCGACCUGGGGGUCUACACGCUUCUCGUCUGCAAGCUGCACGAGGCCAACCGACGACAGGACGCCCUCAGGGUGGGUGAGACCACUGACACAAACACACACACACACACCACACACACACACACCUCUGACAAAUACGGCAGUGGAUGUCUCCUUUCGCUCCUUUCGUCUUGUGUGUGCGUGUGUGCGUGUGUGUGUGUAGGUGCUGAAAGACCAGCGGCCUCGCGUGACGGGGCCCCGUGGCCCUCUGAACAGAGAUAGCGGUCAGCAGCAGCAGGGGAUAGGGGGUGGAGGGGGGGCAUCCUCAUCGUCGUCGGAGGGAGGGUGGAUAUCGAGCUACAUGGCGUUGAUGCGGUGUGCCGGGCAGCUUGGGGCGCUGGAUGUGGCCUUCGAUCUGUUCGACAGCUACUGCAGGAGUGGGGAGAGCCCCGACUCGCUCAUGUACAAUUGUCUCUUGGACGCCUGCGUGACGUGCAAGGCCCCCCAGAGGGCCAUCGACUUCUUCAACAAGAUGAAAACCUCACAGGUUCGUCCACUCCACACACGCCUCGUGGUUAGUCGCUGUGCUUUUGGUUUCAUCUGUGUCUACGACGCUCAGGUGCGUCCCGACUGUGUGACGUACAACACGAUGAUCCGGGCCUACAAUGUUGCAAAGGUAUAGGACGUCCGACCGCAUCGGUCUGUAAUGUCAGCUGGGCCACUUGAACCGACCUUCUUGUAGCACCUGGAUGGUGCCUUUGGCCUGUUGGAGGAGAUGAUGGCCAAGGGGACGCAUCCCAACGUCGUCACCUUCAACUCACUCAUUCACGCGUGUGUCAUGAACAGAAACAACGACAGUAGGCACAUCCACACACACACCACCGACAGUCAAACCUCCAUAUCUGUAUGUGUCUGCCUGUGCAGAGGCGUGGCGUGUGUUGCCUUUGAUGAAGACCUCUGGCGUCGAGCCCGACAGCGUGACCUACUCGACCCUCAUCAUCGGCAUCAAAAACGACCGCACGGGCGCCACACUCGCAAGGGGCUUCUCAUGCCUCGACCAGCUGCUCAGCACAGACAUGCAGCCUGACGAGGCAAGGCACACACACAACAUAGAGAGACACACACAAAAGGAUGCCCAGAUGUCCCUCCGUCUGUGUGCUUUGUGUGUACAGGUGUUGUUCAAUUCGUUGAUGGAUGCGUGUGUGCAUUUCGGCGAAAUCCGCAAGGCCGAGACGGUCUUUCAGCGCAUGAUGGCCAGCGGCAUCUCGCCAUCCACAGUCGCAUAUGGCAUACUGAUGAAGGUGACCUGACCCUCCCAACCGCAAGAAAAAUUGCGACAAUGCAUUGUCUCUCUCUCUCUCUCUCUGUGUGUGUGUGUGUGUGUGUGUAUGUUUGUGUAUGUGUGUGUGUGUGUGUUUGAUAGGGUUAUGGUGUGGUUCGUGAUUUGCCCCGUGCGCUUCAGUGCAAGGGCGACAUGGAGGAGGCCGGCCUGCAGUCUAACGCCGUUGUUUACGGAUGCCUCAUCGACGUCGCACUCAAAGGCAAGCAGUCACAUGACAAGCCAAUGUGUUCUCUUCAUAUGGGUGUGGUUGAUUCACUGGCUCAGUGGGUGAGGACGCUGUGGCCGAGGGGCUGUUCGACGAGAUGCGCUCCCGGGGCAUCCAAGGGACGGUGGUCACCUACUCGCUCCUCAUCAAACUCUUCGGCAGACAGAGGAACAUCGACAAGGCCUUCGCGGUCCGUUCAUGACACACAGACACACACACAGACACACAUAGACAGGGAGAGAUUGCAUGUGUGUGUCGUGUGCAGGUGAUAGAGGAGAUGAAAUCUCAGGGUCUGUCGCCCUCGUCGGUGACCUACAACUCACUCAUGGACACACUCGCAAGAUGCAGAGACAUGAGGGUAUGUCAGUCACAACUGCCAACCAAGACGCACACACGCAGGCCUUCACCAAGUGCCCUUCUGCUUUGCUCUCUGUUCUCAGAGCGCCCCUCGUCUGCUGGCUCUGAUGCGGCAGGACAAGGUCUCGCCGGACCUCAUCACAUACAGCACCAUAUGCAAGGCAAGUCACACACAGAUGCGCACAUGCACCACCGGGGAAUCGUGUGUGCAUUCCUUGCUUCGAUCAGGGUUACUGCCACAACGGUGAACUGGAGCGUGCGCUGGACGCCUUCGCCGCCAUGAAGCACGAGGGCUUCAAGGCAGACGAGAUCAUCUACAACUCACUCAUCGACGGAUGUGCCAGAAGGGGAGACCUCAACACAGCCAAGAAGGUACGGUCUCUCCCCGGCCGCCCGUCCGUCAGUCAGCCCUGCCUGCUAUCUUGCCAAUGUGUGUGUGUGUAAUGCAUGUCUCACUCAGUUGGUGCAGGAGAUGCGUGGGGGCGGCAUCCAGCCCUCCAACGUGACCUACUCCAUCCUCAUCAAGACUUGCGGCGUGGCAAAGGAAAUCGACCACGCAUUCGACGUACCGAUGGAUGGAUGGAUGGAUGUGUGCAUGGUCAUUCAGGCAAUGGUCGGGUGUGUGUGUGGUGGUCAGGUGUUGGAGAUGAUGGAGGAGGACUGCGUGAGGCCUGGCAAAGUCGUGUAUACGUGCCUCAUACAGGUGACAGGGAGGGGGAGAGGGAGAGUAAGCGACACACAUGCACACACGAAUGGCUCGUGUCGGGUGUGUGUAGGCGUGUGUGUGCAACGGUCGUCUGGAUCGCGCGGUGUCGGUGUUCCACGACAUGCACGCCCGCCAGAUAUUCCCCGACGGCGUCACAUACGGCGCACUCAUCGCCGGCUGCAUUCAGGGAAACGACCUCCGACAAGGCAAACAACCCAUCUCAUCACACACAGGACGACGGCUGCUGACAUGGUUCCUUUCCCCUUGUUCUUCGUCGUGUGUUUCAGCUGUGGCUCUUACCGAGCACGCCUCCGCCCAGGGCACUCAGCUGACGACCCGCACCUACCAGCAGCUCCUCAGAUCACUCAAACGGGUGCGCACGUCUCAUUCACACACCCCACCCACGUGAAUGCAAUGCGUGUCUUUGCGUGUCUUUCCAUCGAUCAACCAGGCCAACAUGCUGCCCGAGUACCAGCGUGUUGACGAGCAGAUGGCCCGGGAGGGUGUGGACAACCGGCGGCUGCCGGACAGACCCACACAGCGCUUCGGCGACAAGAGCAGACACCAUAAUCAUGGGUUUGACAAUGACUGUGAGGAGGAUGCCGAUGAGUCAUACCAACAGCCAUACCCGUCUCAACCAGCACCGAACCAGGAGCCCCACCAGCAGUAUCAACAGCACCAUCAGCAUCCAUCGAGUGCUGCUGCUGGAGGUGGUGGUGGUGGUGGCGGGCCACACGUGCGGCGAAGGGCCGGGGGGCCGUACUGGAGACACAGAUAGGACUGAUUCAUUGCUGCUCCUGCUGCUGCUGCUGUCUUGCCAAAGUGCGGACGGACGGCUGUAUGUGCAUUUCUCUCUCUCGUCAGUCCGUCAGUGUGGCGUCACAGUCUUAGAGAGUGUCACUAGGGAAUAUAGGAAGAAUAAGUGGCAAGACCUCAUUCAUGCGCCUGAUCAGCAUUAAAUACGGUCUCCGAU